AUGGCGCCUGCUACCUUCUCCGAUCUGCCACCUGAGAUGGUCAGCAAUGUAUUCGCUUUCGUACGACAGAAGGAUGACCAAGGCGCGAUCUGCCUUGUCAGUCGCGUAUGGAGAGACCAUAUGGCACCCAUGAUGUGGGAGGAACUUGAGACAGACUUGGGUGCUGCGUCUGCUCGCUCUAUGACGACCUUGCUACAUCCACGCUCAGGAAUCUUGAGUCACGUUCGGGACUUAGAGAUCAAUGGAACAAAAGAGAGAGAAGACCGCUUGAAAUUGGUCAUUGCAGCGAUUCCUCAAGAUAGGGUUCGUAGUGUCUGGACUGAAUUCGACAUGGGAACCCUAACAUUACAACUCCUACUACUGUCUCACCGCAAGAUUGAAGAUCUGUGUGGUUUCGAUCGGUUCGCUACUCCUGGCCAUUCCGAAUCAUCUGAUCUCGACUCUAAAGAACAUUACGAAUGGAUGGGACCAUCGUUGCUUGAAGUCUUGUCGAUACACUUGUCAACAGCAAAUCGCCUCGAGUCCGUCUCUCACUGUUGUCCGAAGAUUACAACUCUUUCAUUGCGUAUUCACUCCGUUUCGGCAUCUGGAGGGACUGGGACCUCUUUGUCCGCGCUGUUCAACCACCUCAAAGAAGCUCCACUGUUCCCCAAUCUUACAGUACUACGACUCUGGUUCCUGAAAAUUGCAUCGCCAGAAGGUCAAACGGUUUGUAAGAGCCUCAAUCUAUCGAAGGUACGUACUCUUGAAUUAGUAGAGUGCUACCCCUUUAUUCCUUUGCUUGAGAGCUUAUCUUCAUUUUAUACCGACAAUACCGGUGACUUGAGCGAGUUCUCGGUUGCGGUUCCUACCCCACCAUACCAGGCGCCAGAAAGCAUUCAAGCCGUGGAAAAGCUUCUCAGAGCUUGUCCUCAACUAGAGAGUCUCCAGCUAGACCUCUCACAGCAUGGGUUCGUUGCCAAAGAUUGCAUUUUGGCUCACUGUCAGACACUCAUCAAGCUCUGGAUAAGCACCGGAGUGUCGAGCUUAGACGAUCAUCUCUCCGCCGAGGACAUGGGGUCCAUUCUGGGAGCUUGCAACAAGCUGAAUGAGUUGGCGAUGAACAUGCCAUCAUUGGGUGCUGGUGCUUCCCUUAAUGCGGAGUUUGUGAACAUGCUGAACGUUAUCUCUCAAUGCCCCAGUAUACUGGCUUUCCGAGUUUUUAAUCUUCCAAAGCUCGAGUCGUGGGUCCAAGUCCCAGAGGAAUGGAUGAUCUCAACCCCACACAUGACCCUGUAUCAAGCACUGAUACAGAACAUCGCCAACCAGAUUCUGCGAUCUACGGCUAAGCAAGGAUCCAACCUGAAGGUUCUCAGUUUCCAGCCUAGCCACAGGCAGCACAAGUACGACGAGGAGGAGCUGGUCAGGGACGGUAAUAGUCAUCGAUGGCCGGAGUAUCAUUACUGUCGUGCUCAUGUCACCGACAUCACAGGCACGACAGUCGUGAUUGCAAAUCCUCCAAGGAACAUAGAACUGGAAUUCCCGGCUAUGGCAGGUUUCUUCGGUUACAUCUAG